AUGAGCUCCCAGGGGUUUUCAUUUCCUCCACCACCACCACCACCACCUCCGACCUCCCAACAACCGGCCUAUCCCCCCUCCGCGCAGCAUGGACACUGGAAUGGACGUGGUGCUGGUGGACGCGGCCGAGGCCGUGGAAAUCGAGGUCGUGGAGGUGGUGGACAUCACCACCAGGAUAGUGGCCGGUCUUCCUAUCCCAACAACCCCGGUUACAACUACGCGCCUGGAAACUAUGGCUAUCCAGCUCAGCCGGCACCAGCAACGUCGUACAUGACUUCCCCGCCCUAUACUCACCAGCAACCUAAUUUUCAACACCCUCCGAAUCCGCCACCUUAUCAGACUCCGCAACCAUUCUCACCACCUGCAGGUUCACCCACCUACCAACCGCUGCCGGGAUAUAAUACCCCCAACCUCGGCCACUCCGCUUCCUACUCUACACCACCCAGUACUCCAUACCCUCCCGGCGUUUCGACACACCAGCAUGCGUCUCCGCCGGCAAACCCCAUGAUGAUGGGCUCCAUGCCCUGGGGGCCGGAAGUGCAGGCUCCUCCCGGCUCGUACGCUGGACAUGGACGACGAGGCUCUUGGUCGUCUCACUCGCACGGGAACCAUGGACCCAAAUCGCGAAAUCACCACAAGCGAGAUCACUCGUCUGCCUUCAAUAAACCUCAGCCCACGGCGCCGCGGACACCAGCAGCCCCGGCAGUCCCGAGUUUUGGCAACCCGUUACCAUCGAAGCCACCACCCGCGGCGGAUGCUACGCGAAAGCCGAAGAAGAGGAAACGGAAACACAACCAGCUGGGCUUGACCCCGAAGACCGAGGAACACGAGUCUAGCGAGGAAGAGGAGGAGGUGGACGAGGAGUCCAAAUUGGCCCAAACCGGCACUGGCGCCGCUCCUCUCCAAUUUACGUACAAGGGACAAACGGCCAAAUUGCAGUCGCCUUCGGACAUUGCAGCGUGGAUUGCGGAACGAAGGAAGAAAUUCCCAACGCAGGCUCGAGUCGAUGAAAAGAAGAAGGCUUUGGAAGAGGCUAAAGCUGCGCGUGAUGCCGCUCGCGAGGCCGCCCGUCAAGAGAAAGAGAAGGAAAAGGAGAAAGUCAAGCAGAAACAGGUCGAGCACAAGCUCGGCCAAGAGGCUGCAGACCCGGCACUCGACGAGGCGAUGAAGGCGCAGCGCAAGGCUGACAGAAUACGGCGCAACCUCGAUCGAGAGCAAAAACGGUUCGCCAAAGCCGAGGCGGCAGCAGAAGCCGCUCGUCUCAAGGUCGAGGCGCUACAAAAACAGGCAGAGGGCCUGGAUAUGGGUCAAACUCCCCAAGUCAAUGGUUCAGCUGCUCCCGAGACCAGACAAGAAGCCGACCUGAAAACCAAACCAUCCGACUCAGCUGAAGGCGUGGAUCCGAUGUCUCUCGAUGCCACGGACACGGCGAAAGCGGUGGAUUCUCAGCUUGGUGAUACCAGAUCCAUCCCUGCCGAGACGGUCGACGCCACAGCCGACCGUCUGGAAGGAGCGAUGGAUCUUUCUUCCGAUGUGUCAGAUCCUAGCGACUGGACCUCAUCCAGUGGCUCCGACGCGGAUUCCGAGUCCGACAGCGACGGCGACGGCGACUCUGCCCCGGAGGAAGCCACUUCGCGUCGGCAGGGCCCCGAGAGAGUUCCCCCGCCUCCUCGCGAAGGCAAGAAGAUCAGAUGCCGUCAUUUCGCUCGUAGUGGACAAUGUAACCGGGGAGACAGCUGUCAAUUCUCGCACGAGGCCCCGGAGCGCGGCCCCAAGACCAAGGCUAAGACAGUCGAGAAGAAGGGGCGCAAGGGACUUCUUCAGGCCCUGCUGGACCGGCAGAAAGAAGACGAAGAUCGCCGAGCCAUGGAAGUGAUCAGCUGGCUGGGGCAAAACGGCCUGCUAGAACCCUCGACCGGUUCGCAGGCGAACGGCGCCCCGCUAUAA